CUGGCCGGCGAACACACGUUCAAAACAGGUUUAGUUUUUCUUCACAAUAGAUACACAACUUCUCGGUGCAUUUACUUAUUUCCUACCCUUCUUUGUUGUUCUCUCAGGCUUGCUAAACGCCUUACGGCCACAGGGGCCUCCGAUGGUGUUGCUGAGUCGACCGCACUACUCAUCUUUAUUCUCUGCAAAGAAAAAGUCAGUCGAGCAAUCAAGUACUCUGGUUUUGGCAAUUUCGCUGGUUUUCUCGCUCGCCACGGUCUGAUGGGUGGCAGCCAGCCGCCUACUGAACCCUACUCAUCCUCCUCCUCGGACUCAGAGACGGAGACCUACCAGCAGCUACGAGACGACGUCAACCCAGUCACAGGUCGCUUCGAGCCCUACAAGCCCAGUCCAAUGGAGGGUAUGUCGCAGGAACAGAAGGAAUACGAGGCCAUGAAAUUGGUGGAUAAAAUCGAUAAAUUGCAAAGGUAUGGGAUUGCUCGUACUGCUCCCCUUCAUUUCGCGUUUCUUUGA